AUGGCUGGAGGCAAACCCCGUGGUCUUAACGCCGCCCGCAAGCUGCGAACGAACCGAAAGGACCAGAAAUGGGCCGAUCUCGCCUACAAGAAGCGUGCCCUCGGUACCGCCUAUAAGUCCUCUCCCUUCGGUGGUUCCUCACACGCCAAGGGCAUCGUCCUCGAGAAGGUCGGUGUCGAGGCCAAGCAGCCCAACUCCGCUAUCCGAAAGUGUGUCCGUGUUCAGCUCAUCAAGAACGGAAAGAAGGUCACUGCCUUCGUCCCCAAUGACGGUUGCUUGAACUUCGUGGACGAGAACGACGAGGUCCUCCUGGCUGGUUUCGGUCGCAAGGGCAAGGCCAAGGGUGAUAUUCCCGGUGUUCGAUUCAAGGUCGUCAAGGUCUCUGGUGUCGGUCUGCUCGCUCUGUGGAAGGAGAAGAAGGAGAAGCCCCGUUCUUAA